CGAAUAUGUUGAUGUUAUACAUUAAAACGUUGCCUGGGCGGCCGCUCAGGCCUGUAAUCCCAGCGCUUCGCGAGGCCGAGGUGGGAGGAUCGAGGCCAGCCUGGGUGAAAAGCUAAGCAGAAGUAGCUUCCUCCCGAUGUCUCCAGCCCAUGCUUUCCUUCCUUCCGGUUCCUCCGGGUCCUGCGGGACAGGUGUGAGAAUAGUCUGGGGUGGGAGGAGGGCAGUGGGCAGGGCUACUCCAGAUCCUUCGGGGCCACCCGGGCCUGGCUCUGCUCCUCCAGCCCCCUGGACUCACACCCCAGGAGAGGUGUCCCCAGGGCCACCCUGCAGCAGAAGGAUCCCUUUGGGGACACAUGUGGGAGCCACACAUCUCAUGGUUCUGUCCAGAGAGCAGGAUCAGGUCGGGGAGAAGCCCCAGGCCCCACGGAGUCCUCAGCCUUCACCCCACAGGAAAAGCAGCAGAGAAGUGUGGAUGUGAAAAUAGAAGCUCCAGCGAGUCCCAGCAGGCCUGGAGCCGCCGGCGCCGUGUCCUGCGUCCACCUGGAGGCUGGCCCGGCAUGCCCAUCACAGCCCCGGCCUCGGUGCCCGCUGAGCCUCCCUGGGUCCCGCCUGGGCCCCCCAGCCUUCUGGACCGGACACUGUGGAGGGGGCACUGUGAUUCAUGGGGGUGGCCAGCCAGGCCCAGACUGACCGGGGAGUCCGGGGGACCCGAGCCCUUCCCUUCUGCUGGUUUCUUUGAACCCGAGGCUCCACCUGCGGCACCAGCUGCCUGCCAGGCUGUUGUGAGGCUACAGCACAAAGUGCAGUGGGAGCUCGAGUCCCCCCUGGCCCCACCCAGCUGGAGAGGUGGUUCCUUCCUCACCCCUGCCCACCCCGUCGACCCAGACAGGCUGACCCCACCGCAGCUGCCUCUGACCUCCAACCUUGUCUGGCCAGGCAGGGACCCGGGCUCUCCUGUGCCUCCCUGCGCCUGGGCUAAGCCUGGCCUCCCUGGAGGGGCUCUGGGUUCAAAGUCGGGCCAGGGUUCCAUUCUGGCCGACCCCCUGAUGAGGUCGUCAGGUGCCUCUGAGGCCUCUGUUUCCGGCCGCCGAAUGGAAGUCCCAGCUACCGCCCAGCUGCUGCCCUGCCUCGGUGAGAGGGUGGGGGCCGAGCUGCGCGCACUGUGAAGUGCCGCACCCCUGCAGGAAGGAGGCUCCACCGUGAGGCAGCAGCAGAGGCACCUGCAGCUCCUGCCGGGCCGGCCCCUGGCCUCGUUCACCUCCCGACUUGGGUCUCCGCAGAGUCAUCUUCCGCAGGCCACGCUCAGCUGGAGCUGCGUGUGAGUCAGGCGCCGCCACGAGCAGGGGAAGGUGCAGGUGAGUCACCCACCAGGAGGAGGAAGUGGAGAUGACUGGGACUGUCACACGAGGCCAGUGCAAGUGACAUCACUGUGGGAUCACCUGCCAGGCUUCCCAGCAGCUGCCCCUUUGUCCAGCCUCCCUUCCUGUGGCCUGUGCUGGGCCCUGAGGCCAAGAGGACCAGGAGUGGAGGGUGGGGUCCAGGCACAGGGCAGGGCCUCGGUGGGCUGGAGGCGGGCUGUGCCCAGAGCCUCGCUCGCCACUGGCCUCCCCUGUGAGCCUCUAGAGCCUUCUCCAGUGAGGCUGCCAUGGGGUUUAGGCGAGUGGAGGGUCGGCCACCGUGAGUGGCAUAUCACAGUGUUUGGAACUCUGGCUUGGCAUCCCUCCCCCCUUUUUUUUACCCAAAUCUCAUACAGUGCAAGUGGCUCUGGCCUCUGAGGCCCUUGGGAAAGCUCCUUAGGGAGUCCAAGCUCCCAGAGCUGGGCCAAGGGUGUAGCAAGCAAGCUCUCGGCUGGUACUGCUGGCGGCUGGGCGGCCCGGUGGAGGGUGGGCCCCUCAGCGCUGUGCCCAGGGGCUUCACUCCCUAGGCCCGCCCUACAAGCUCCUCUCUGUAUAUGGGGGAAACUGAGGCCGCUGAUGUGCCCAUCAGCCUGGGAUAGGGCUCAGGAGUGCAGCUCCGUGGGGCGCACACUGGUGAGGGCUCCUGAGGGCCCAACCACUCACACCGCCUGGACGCCAAGGGCAGGCCGGAAGCAGGGUCCGCUUCUCCUUCCUGGCAGAGACGGCCCCAAUCAGGACCUGGGGCAAAGGGCCGAGAUGCGUGGACUGAGGGCCCCGGCACAGCCGCCUAUUAAGGGAAGUGAACGGGAACGGAGCUGUCCUCAGGGCCCGCGGCACUCAGCCGUGGUCACAACACCAGAGCCUGUCUGGUGGCCUCAGACAUCUGGACACUCACCCCACUGGGAGUCCGUGCAGCCCCUCCCUGACUCGAUCUUAUCAUCCGAUGCCUGCCCCAGCCGGCUGGGGGUCAUUACAUUAUUGUUUUUAAAGUGCCCUGUUGUUAUCCUCUGCUUACCUUUAGGCACCGAGUGGGCGGGAGUGGGUGGUAUUAUUAGCUCCAGUGCAUGGAUGGGGAGGUGACUCGCGCCUUUGCAAUUCAUCGUUAGCAGCAGCAGUGACAACGCAGGGCUGGUAAGGCCACUGGCAGGAGACUCGGUGAACCCUUGCCCCUCCCAACCUAAAGUUGACCAAAAGGCAGGUGUUUUCUUGACAGCCCAGAAGGGCAGGGGCAGGAGCAGGGCUGGGAGGGGGUGCUGGCACCGCUGGUCCCCACCCCA